CCAUCAAUCAAUCAAGCAAGCAAGAUUAAAUUAUUCAAUUGAUAUCCCCAUGGCAUCAACACUGUCUCACUCCGCCGUAUUUGCAGCAGGCUUGCUGAUUGGAGUUGGAUCAAUAGUUUACUCAAAUCAACGCUCAAGUCAUCCAACUCACUCGUCUCACUCGGAUAACCAGAACUCCAUCAAUACUAUUCCCACAAACUCAGUCAGCAGCCAACAGGCUCCCUUCCAACAACAACACUUCUUCUCAGUCCCACAAGCACCAUCUACCCCUCCCAGCCAAUCCUCAUCACUCAAAGAGAUCCUCAGAUUCGGCAAUCCUGGUCCAAUUAGCGAUUUUUUCGCCAGGGAGGCAUACGCAGUUGGAUAUGAUAGAAGGACCAGAAAUCCUGCUUGGACAGCCGAACAUCUGACGAGCAGUAACCUCAAAGCGAGUGAUGGUGAUGAUAAACCGGAUCGGUCUCAUUCAACAUUCCAUGAGGACAUGUCAAUACCCAGUCAGUUUCGAUCCAAACUAAGCGAUUACUUCAGGAGUGGAUAUGAUCGUGGACACAUGGUCCCAGCGGCCGAUGCCAAAAGAAGUCAAUCAGCCAUGAACCAAACCUUUUUACUAUCGAAUAUCGCCCCUCAAGUAGGAGAGGGAUUUAAUCGGGAUUACUGGGCACACCUUGAGGGCUUUGUUCGACAACUGACAAACUCAUUUCAAGAUGUAUAUGUGUUCACCUUGCCAAUGUACCUUCCCAAGCAGGAUCCAGUGACUAAGAAGCAGAUCGUGAGCUACGAAGUAAUCGGCAAUCCACCCAACGUAGCCGUCCCGACCCAUUUUGCAAAAGUAGUCUUUGCCACGGGUGGGAAGUUGGAUUCGGCUGGCAAAGGCGUCCUGGGCUCCUUCGUCCUCCCCAACGAUAAGAUCUCCAACGACCAGCCACUCACAUCAUUCGAAGUCCCCGUCGAAUCCGUCGAAAGAUCGGCUGGAUUGAAUUUAUUACCCGAAAGUGUCAAAACCAACCCCGUCAGACUUUGUUCUACCGUCCAAUGCGAUAGCAUCUUGAAAACUCUCAGUCAAAUCACUUACAACAAACCCAAAAAACCAGCCAAAUGA